AGGAAUUACAUGUAUGUACAUAGCUACCUCAUAUAGCUAUUCCAAGCAACACUUUCUAGAUCAUCUUCAUAAUACACAUAGGCCGGAUUUCGGAAUAGGAGAGCACCUAGAUUACGAAGACUUAAAUUAUCUGAAAAUUAGAAACCAGUAAACCACCAAGUUUCCAAGGCAAAUAUAAUAAAGACAACCCCAUAAAAUGGCCACCUUCGACAUCGAAGCCGAUAGAGCCAAAUUCCCAGCCCUAAAGGAAGAUCAGGUCUUCCUCGACAAUGCGGGCGGAAGCCAGACGCUAGGCGCCGUCAUCGAAGCUAUAAGCGACUACCUCAUCAAGAGCAACGUCCAAUUUGGGGGCGGCUAUAAAGCCAGCAAGGCAUCAAGCUCUCGCUACGACGGCGGCGUAACCGCCGGGGCUAAGUUCCUGAAUGCGGAGAAGGACGAGAUUGCCUUCGGCCCCUCAGCCACGCAGCUCCUCCGCAACCUAUCAUACACAUUCCCCUUCCAGCCCGGCGACGAAAUCAUCAUCUCCUCAAUCGACCACGAAGCCAACAUCGCGCCCUGGAAAGACCUCGCCAGCCGCCUAAACCUAGCGCUAAAAUGGUGGACGCCCCAAGCCAAAUCUACCAACCCGCGGCUCUCGCCAGCGGACCUAACGACCUUACUAUCCCCCAAGACGCGCCUCGUGACAUGCACGCACGCGAGCAACGUCCUGGGCUCGGUCCACGAUAUCAAAGCCAUAGCGCACGUCGUGCAUACUGCCGUCCCCGAGGCGCUCCUGUGCGUCGACGGCGUGGCGUAUGCGCCGCACCGGCCGGUCGAUGUGAAGGCCCUCGGGGUGGACUUUUACGUCCUGUCUUGGUAUAAGGUGUACGGGCCGCAUGUCGCGAUGCUGUAUGGGAGUCGUCGCGCGCAGGAGCAGAUGCGUACGCUGGGGCACUUUUUCAAUCCGCGUGCUACGCUUGAGAAUAAGAUUAGUCUUGGAAGCGGGUCCUACGAACUAGUCCAAUCCAUCCCCCCCAUCGUCGACUACAUCGGACACCCCCCCUCCUCCUCCCCUUCCUCCUCCCCCAGCAGCCUAUGGCCCAGCAUCGCACAGCACGAAUCACAACUCCAAUCAGCACUACUAGCCUACCUGACCUCCAAGCCGGGAAAAAUCACCAUAUACGGCGAGCCCAGCGCAGACGGGGCCAUCCGCCUGCCCACCGUGAGUUUCGUCGUCGCGGGCUGGGACUCGCGGGACUUGGUCGAGACGCUCGAGCGCAGCACGAAUUACGGCUUCCGCUGGGGCGCCUUUUAUUCGAACGCGCUGGUGUAUGAUUUCUUGGGCCUGGGACCGAGUGGUGUGGUUAGGGUUAGCAUGGCGCAUUAUAACACGCUGGAGGAGAUAAAGGGGUUUAUUGAGGCGCUGGACGGGGUCGUGUCGAAAACGGCUUGACUUGGCGGGUUGCAUGAGGUUACCUAGGAUUAGUUAGAUAUGUCCUCUUUGUGGUAGAUGUGUUGGUUAUCUCGGGUUUGGAAUAUAGGUUACCUUUGACCACAUACAUAUUCUAGGUAAUGUCCGGCUCAUGCGGGUAGCCAUAUCCUAGCCCCUUUUUAAGAAGAAUACUUCAAGACAGACCAAUACUUUAAUUUCAAACGGAUGGAUGCGUAAUACUCAAAGCAG